AUGUCCGGUGACCGGACAAGCAUUAUACGCGAUGACAAUAGUGUUGUGCCGACGUCUGGUGGAGACAUCAAGAAGCAAUGGUCGCAGGUGCUCGAUGUCAUCAUUGGGCAUAUUGCCACGGACUGUGUUAUUAACGGCAACAUCCCUUAUUUGAAAGUAUUCCUGAAUUUCUGGGUAUUCCAGUUUGACCUGACCCGGGACGCGAUCAACGACGAGACCGAGGCACUCAAGCUCAAAAUGUUCCCAUGUCCGAUGCCAAAGCAUUGGUUCUGUCAGAACGAAAUUCCAACUUAUCUGAUUCGGUCAUUCUUUGCCCCGGAUCCGCGAAUUGAUAGCUGUGAUGCGAAAUGGGCUCGAGAAGCUGCCCCUGCCCCAGGAGGCAUAUGUUGAGCGCGAGGAAUUGCGGCAUAUGUUGAGCGCGUUCUUGGACGAGGAUCUGCGGAAGCAGCAAUGGAAUAGUGUUUGAACGAAUUAUAAUGUUAUUUUAAUCGUAUUUUUUACUGUAAUAGUGAAAUAAAAACCACUCUAAAAUGAA